AUGCCUUCGCGGCCAAAGGAAAAUGUAUGGAACUAUCCUAGACCACCCGCUCUGCAGCCGACCUCGGCCAGGCUCAGGGUGAUCUGGGUGACUCCCUCCAAGCAAGAGCUUGUUAUCGCCGAAACCACGCAAGGCUACCGUGUCCUCGAGACCUCCCAUCCUCCUACCUACUACUUUCCACCUAGCAGCGUCAAGAUGGACCUCAUCAAGCCUUCCAAGGCUAGACGCACUAUGUGCGAGUGGAAGGGCAUGGCAGCUUACCACGACCUCCAGUUCAGCAAGGAUCAGGGCCCCGUUGUUACUGGUCGCAUCUGGUCUUACCCACAGCCGACACCCGAAUUUUCCUCGAUCAAGGACUAUCUGUGCUUCUAUGCGUCUAGCCAGACGGAUUCCCAGCACCUUGGCCAAUGGAAAUGUAUGGUCGAUGACGACGAAGUCAAGGCUCAGGAAGGUGACUUUUACGGCUCGUGGAUCACGCCCGAGAUCACCGGCGGCGAUCGAGGUUUCAAAGGAGCUCCAUCAGAGGCUAGCACGAGUGCAUUGGAACGCGAUCCCCUCGCUGCCUACAAGGGUUUGACUUUUGCGGAAACGUUGGAGGAUCUCAGCAGUCGAUUCAUCGUCAACCUGCCCUCCGACGAGCUGUCGAGCAUCGAGCGUAUCUGCUUCCAGGUCGAACAGGCUCACUGGUUCUACGAGGACUUUCUCCGCCCGCUCAAUCCGUCGCUCCCCUCUUUGGGCUUACGACGCUUCUCAUCAUACCUGCUGCACACUGCCUCGAUGAUCGUGCCGCUCAUCCAACGCUACAUCACUGGUGGCAGCGGGCAACAGGAUCUCGAGGCGGCCUUUGACGAGUUUCUCAAGUACAAGACGCGCGUGCCGGUCUGCGGUGCCAUCCUGCUGGCUGAAGACUGGAACAAGUGCCUCUUGGUCAAAGGUUGGAAGUCUUCGGCUGCCUGGGGGUUUCCUAAGGGCAAAAUCAACCAGAACGAGCCCGAGCGCGAUUGCGCUAUUCGCGAGGUGCUGGAAGAGACCGGAUACGACUGCACCCCGCUGCUGCCGGAAGACAGCAAAGACUACCUGGACCUGACGAUGCGCGAACAGCGACUGCGCCUCUACAUUGUGCCCGGCGUCAAGGAAAGCACCAAAUUUGAGACGCUUACGCGCAAGGAGAUCUCCAAGAUCGCCUGGUUCAAGCUGAGCGACCUGCCGACUUGGAAGAAGUCGAAAGAUCCUCCCGCUGGCAUGGGUGGCAAGUUCUACCUCAUCUCUCCCUUUAUCGGACGUCUGAAGCAAUGGAUUCACACCAACAAGGCGACGCACCCGAACCGUCCUGCAGGCCGAGCAGAGCCCGUGAUCGAUUCACAGCAUGCCCCGUCGUCACUGGCGCCCGCUGCUGCCAAACCCGCCGCCGCAGCGGCGGUGCCAUCGUUUGUCGAUACCUCGUCACUGUUUCCGUCCUUCUCUGGCGGAGACAAGGCAGGGCAGAGCAAAAUCGAUCCUCUGCCGGCGCCUCCAUCGAGCGACAAGCUCAAAUCGCUGCUUGGACUGUCAUCGCCGACGCCCGAGCCCCCUCGUGCCGCUGCACUCGGUGCGCCAGAUAGCCAAGCGGCGGUCAGUGCUCUCGAUCAGAUGUUCCCUGGCGUGGGUGCCAAAAUGAUCCACGCUUCUGGAGACGACCGUGGUCAACAGCUUCUGUCGCUGCUGAUGAACCCGAACGCCGCACCACCGCAAGGCGAAGCCAAAGGCGCUCACGAUCCAUCCGAGGCACAGAACCGUGCUGCUCUUUUGCUAGCUGCUCUGAAUCGCCCGGCUGAAACCCAGAAUAGCGCACCACCCCCUUCGGUGCCUCAAGCGCACCCGCUGCUGGCCAUGCUCAACGACCCAUCUCGAAGCCAAUCGCCGCUGCCGGCUCCGCGUCCGCAAAAGUCAGGACAGGCUCAGAAGCUCUUGCAGAUGCUGAGUGCGGGUACGGGUCACGAUCGCAGCGUGUCGCAGAGCAGCUUUGCUUCCUUUGAUGGAAGCAGCUCGGCGCCCUCAUUCGGUGGUGCGCACCAAGAUGUGCCCGCUUCGAAUGGCCCGCAGGCUGAUGCGCUUUUGCGGAUGCUGCAGCCCUCAUCGCCUCCUAGCAGUCACGGCGGUGCUGGCUCGCAGUCGCUGCAGCCCCAAACAGCUCCCAAGAACGAUCUGCUGUCGAUUCUGACCGCGGGACUGCCCUCGGCUGAUCGAGCUGGCCCGGUGGAGGGAUCACAAUUUGGACCUGGUCCGCAGUAUGGUUAUGACCGUCCGAUGGGUGGCAGCGGUGGCUUUCAGCCCAACGCACCAUUUGCUUUCCCGCCGCCUCCUCCGCACAUGAUGGGCCCGGGCAUGAUGCCUCCUGGACCGUUCCCUAUGGGUCCUAUGCCACCUGGUCCGGGGUCUGGACAUCAUCCGCAAGGCCCCCCGCCGAAUGGGUGGGGGUUCAUGCCACCACAACCCAACUUCGCGCCCUACUCGACCGGUCCUCCUUCUUGA